AGGGUUUCGCCAAUCUCAGGCUAAAGGUCUUCGUUGUCUUCCAAUUGAAGUCCUUUUAUUUUUCUUUUUUCUACUAGGAAAUAAAAAAAAUCGAAUUACCUUUUCCUUGCAUAGGAAAAUCAAGAAACCAGGGAUGGCAGACGGUUACUGGAAUCGGCGUCAGCCAACCUCUUCGAUGAUGUCUUCCAGUGGGACGCUUAAACGACCUCGUAAUGAAUAUGAUGAUCCACCUUCUGGGCUACAUCCAGCUCAUGGGAUGCAUAAUUAUUUGGCUAGAGAUGGUGAUCAGGGUGGACAUCUCUCUGUGAAGGAUACAAAAACAAUUGGUUCAGCAUAUGAUCGCUAUCUGCAGAGUGCGCAACUUUCUUCUUUUCCUUCUGGAAAACCAAGUACAUUUGGUGGGUUGGGAAAGCCUGUUUUUGGUUCAAUGCCUGCUCAUCCAAUAGCUGAUCCUCCUGUGGCGGGUCGUUCUGGAACUGCUGCUUCAGAUCUGGUGCCAAAUGACCGAAAUGUAGGUUAUGGUAAUCAUCUUCCGGUGGAUGCCAUGUCAAGGUUAGGUCGGGAUACUAUACCUCUACCUCCAGAUGCUACCAAUACUCUAUAUGUUGAGGGACUUCCUUCUGACAGCACAAGGAGGGAAGUAGCACAUAUCUUUCGCCCUUUUGUGGGAUAUAAAGAAGUACGACUAGUGAGCAAAGAUUUUCGACAUCGUGGUGGAGAUCCUCUUAUCCUUUGUUUUGUUGAUUUUUCAAGUCCUGCCUGUGCAGCAACUGCAAUGAGUGCCUUGCAAGGUUAUAAAAUUGAUGAACACGAUCCUGAUUCUAAUUACUUGAGACUUCAGUUUUCCCGGAACCCAGGCCCAAGGUCAGGUCCUGGAGCUCGCGGAAGGUGAAUGUCACAUUCUGGAGACAACUAGGCUGUAUGCAAGUCAUCUUUAAGCCAAUUUUCAUGGAUCACAUCCUUUCUAAUAUAUGGCUGGGUUAUGAGGAGUGAUCACAUUAAUUGGAUAGUAUAUUUUGUUACUUGCAACCUAAAUUGCUGAAUCCAGCUAAUUAUUGGCACUAGAGAUACGCAGAAAUUUAGGAGACGGAGGAUCCAGAAAUUCUUGAAUUGCUUGCACAUUCCAGGAAGCUGUGUUGUACAAUAACUAAAAUGGUUUUUGUGGUAUAGAUCGUAGUAGCAUUUUAUUUUAGUGUUCAAAUAGAGGAAUAAAUGUUUUUCGCAUCUGAUGCUUGGAUGUUAAUUUGCCUACGCCAAAAACUGCUGUGUUUUAGUAAUGUAAUCGUACGGUUAAUGUUUAGUUUGUGAA